AUGUUCGCCCGCAACACAAUCGCCGUCCUGGCCUUAGCCGCCACCGUCACCGCGCACGGCUUCGUCACCAGCCCGACCCCCCGCACCACGGGCCCUGCAUACUCCGCGGCUUGCGGCCAAGCCAUCUUCAACACCCAAAACUCCGACCACGGCGGCAACGUCCAAGACCUCCUCCAGAAACGCGGCGAGGGCUUCGACGCGUCCAAAUGCAACCUCUGGCUCUGCAAAGGCUAUCAAUUCGACGACAACCUCGCCUCCAUCCAACAAUUCACCCCCGGUCAGGUCCUCCCCAUCAAGGUCAACAUUGUCGCCCCGCACACAGGAACGGCCAACGUCUCGGUCGUCGACCUCGCCUCCAACUCCGUCAUUGGAUCCGAACUCAUCUUCUUCAACGACUACGCGUCCGUCCACCACCCCGCGGUCGCGCACGACUCGAACUUCGAGGUCACCAUCCCGGACCUCGCGGGCAAAUGCACGAAGCCGGGUCAGUGCGCGCUGCAAUGGUACUGGGACUCCCGCGAGGUCAACCAGACCUACGAGAGCUGCAUCGACUUUCCGUCUUCCUCCCCUGCGGCCCCCGCACCCUCUUCCUCCCCUGCCGCCCCCUCCCCCGCCCCCGCAACCACCCAGCCUGCUGCUACCCCUACCGCCUCCCCCAUCGACACCUACGAGCCCGAGUACCCCGCGACCUCCGCGGCCCCCAUCUCCACACAGGAGCCCACCCCAACGGCCGCGCCCGCACCCAAGUGCCGCAAGAGGAUGUAA